GAAGGAGUGAAGCGGAGUUUGUUAAUGGAGCUGAGAGCGGAGAGUUCAGGGCUCCACUAGCCUGCAGAGAAAAUGGCUCGACCCCGUGAGGAAUACAGCACCGAACCGGAGUAGAACAGAGUCUCUAACGGGUGUGAAAGAUGAAGAGUCUGUUUCUGUACGGGCUGCUCGCGCUCUUCGUCGGAGUGACACAGGGAGCUUCCUUCUAUGGUGAUGGAUUUGUGCAGUUAAAGGCAACAGAGUCUUCUAGACAUAACACGCUCCAUGUCCGCUUCCGCACCUCCAGCCAGAGGGGUGUGCUCUUCCUGGCCGCAGGGCAGAACAGUUACCUGCUGCUGGAGCUGACCUCCGGACGAUUACAGGCAAAGUUGGAUCUUGGCUCUGGAGAGCGGAUCCUGCACUCAGACAGAGGGAACCCCCUGAAUGAUUUGGCUUGGCACACAGUAGAUCUUGUCCAUGACCGGAAUAAUGUGAGCCUAACUGUUGACAAGCAUUUUCAGACCAGCCAGAGACUACCAGGCUCACAGCAAGAGCUGAAUAUCAAGGAUGGCCUAUAUGUUGGUGGGACAGGAGGCUUAGAUAAGGUCUAUCUUCCUAGUGAUCUUACUGGCUUCCGCGGUUGCCUUGAUGAAGUGCUAUUUAAUGAACACAACCUCCUGUCAUCACUUAGGUCCUACUCUGGAUUGAAGAAUGUCUAUGAGGUUUCCCUUGGAUGCAGUCCUCAGUUUUUUGCUAAUGAAGAGGAUCCCAUUAGCUUUUUCAGCUCCAGGGCAUACAUCUCCCUUCCUCCUUGGUCUGCACAGCAAGAGUGGACUCUUGAGUGCUCUGUACAUACCUCAGCUCAAGAGGGAAUCAUUAUGUACAAUUCUGCUCGACAGGGGGACUUUGUUACCAUGGAGAUUCAUGAAGGCUUGCUAGUUGCGAUGGUGGGGAGAGAUGGAAUGAAAACGGAGCUGCGCUCUCUUACUUUCGUCAAUGACAAGAAGUGGCACAAUGUCAAACUUUACUUCACUUCCAAAAGCUUACAGCUUUCUGUAGAUGGAGAGACUGUGAAAUCCAGUAUCAGCUCCAGAUCAAAAGCCCUGCAGCUGAAAGGUUUUCUUUUUCUUGGGGGGGUUGAUGAUAGCACUCGCUCUGAAGUGAGAAAGGUGGGCCUGUCUUCAGUUGCCGGAAAGCGCAUUAAGGGUGGAUCCUUCAAAGGAUGCUUUAGCGAUAUCAAGGUCAAUGGUGUUCCAACAGGGCUUCCACAUGCUGUUGUAACUAAGGAUAUCUCUGUUGGUUGUGAGCCAGAGAAAGAACCUGAGAUUACUACUACUUUGAGCCCAGCUACCAUACCUCAGACCUUUGCUGGCUCUGUCACUCCAUUACCACCUAUAGAUGUGUCCACACUUGCAAAGGGUCUUGUCAAGAAGUAUGGACAAAAUUUUCUGCAGCUUAGGAACCUUGUUGUUCCAGAGGGUGGCCGUGCGUCCUUGGAUUCAAAACAUAUAAAAGUGAACUUGGACUUCAAGAAACUUGGUAUUCGCCAGUCUCAAAUCAUGUUUAGAAUUGAAGAGCAGCCAGUGCAUGGUCAGCUUAGGUUUGAUGUGGACCAGGAGCAAGAGGAGAAUACUUUUAGCAUGCUGGAUCUUUGGCAUGGCAGAGUGAUGUACAUCCACGGAGGUUCUGAAGACCCACGUGACUACUUCAUGUUCUCCAUCUUCUCUAACAGCAGAAAGGAGACACCAAGCUAUCUGAAGGGACAUAAGUUGUACAGAUUCAAUGUUACAGUGACACCUACCAAUGAUGCUCCUGAAUUGAGCCUACCUGAAGGGAACCUCUUCAUUCUGCUUGAGAACUCUAGGAAGAAGCUAACCACAGAUGUAUUGAAAGCCACAGAUGUAGAUAGCAACGUUACAGACUUGGUCUACUCUGUAUUGGGAAAUCUUAAUGCUGACGCUGGGUUUUUGGAAACUGAAGAUAACCCAGGUCAGGCUAUUACUUCCUUCCCUCACUCUGCUCUGGAGGAUGGAAAGAUAAACUAUGUCCACACUGGAGUGAGAAACUCAAGGAUAGUGUUGAGAGUUAGCGAUGGAGAGAAAGUUAGCAACACAGUUGUGCUUAGAAUUAUGGCCACUGGACUGGAAUACAGCAUCAUGAACAACACUGGACUGGAGGUCACUCAAGGAGAAAUGUCUCUAAUAAGCACUACUCAAUUAGCUGUACGGACCAAUGCGGUGAAACAACUGGUGGACAUUCGUUACGAUGUCACUGAGCCACCAAAGUUUGGUGAACUCCAGAGGCUUCAUUCAAGCGGAGAAUGGAAGUUCACUAAUUCUUUCUCUCAGAGGGUUUUAGAGAAGGACCGCCUGAGGUAUCUCAGCACCUUUAAGUCUGUUCAGUCAGGUAAUGUUACUGAUCACUUCAAGUGUAAAGUCGCAAUUGCUUCAAAAGCCACAGAGCAGCUGGUGUUUAACAUAAAGAUCAAAUGGGUAAACUUCACAGUAGAAAGGAAUGAAAUAAUUGAGAUGGACAAAAUUAGAAGAGUGGCAAUAGACUCACAGCAUCUCUAUGCAACAGCACAAGGUGUGACCGUAACUGAGGCUGAGCUUUAUUUCAGGCUUCUGUCUUCCACAAAGAAAGGAAUGAUUUUACUAAAUGAUGAGAAGUUAGAGGAAAAUUCCACCUUUAGUCAAAUGGAUAUCACAAAUAUGAAAGUAGAGUAUCAACUAGUGGAUAGACCAUUUGGGGACACAGUUGACAGUUUUGAAUUCCAGGUGUUCACCAAACAUGCUCAUUCAGCUAGUCAUGUAUUUAAGAUAAAUAUCAAGGCAGACAUCAACAGCAUUUACAUAAGAAACAAUGGACUUUCAGUUCUCGAAGGUGAGAGCAAACUCAUCACCAAAGAUGACUUGUUUGCUGAAACUCUGAGCACUAAAGAAAUGUACUACACAGUCACCAAGAGCCCCAAACAUGGCAAACUAGCGCGAAUCAACCUCUCAAACUCAACCGAGAGUUAUGACAGACUGAUCUCUUUCACCUAUCAGGAUAUCUUAGAGGAGCGGCUUAUGUAUGUUCAUGACGAUAGUGAAACGACUCAUGACCAGUUCACAUUUAUAGCUUCUUCAAGUCCAGCGGCUAAGACCUCUGUGAAUGAAGAUGAGGUUGGGUCCAAAGAAGGUGUGUUCAACAUCUCAAUACAGUUGGUAAAUGAUGAAAAGCCUAUUCGCAUUGUGGAUAGAGUUUUCCAGGUUGUCCGAGAUGGACGGAGGCUGUUGACCCUGGAUGACUUGUGCUAUCACGAUGCUGACUCAGACUUCAGUGACGGGCAGCUUGUCUACACCCGCCGUGGCAUCCCUAUGGGGGAUCUGGUGCUUGUGAAUGACACUUCUCACAAGCUCUACCAGUUCACCCAAGAGGAUCUGGCACAGAAACGGGUGUUGUUCAUUCAUCGUGGCGUGAGCUCUGGCCGUUUCGUGCUGUUUGUUUCAGACGGCAAGCACUAUGUCUCUUCUCUGUUGGAUAUCAGUGCUCAGGACCCAUAUUUAAGGGUUGAUAACAAUACAGGCCUGCUGGUCCAAAAAGGGCAGGCCAAGACUUUCAGCAGUGCCAACUUCAGUGUGGUCACAAACUUGGAUAUCAGAGAAGACAGUGAAACCACAUUCAAGAUUCAUGACGCACCAAAACACGGUGGACUGUUUUUAAAAGACAAGAAAAUUGAAUCGUUCACCCAGCAUGAGCUUAAGAAUGCUUUGCUGUCUUAUCGCCAUGACAACAGCAAGAAUUUGGCCGACUUUUUCUCUGUCGUGGUGAAAGCGAAAGGCUUGCGUCUGGAUGCCAGAAUUAAUGUGAAAGUGUACUUGGAAAGCCAUCAAAGGCCACCUGUCAUACUUCACAGCAAAACACUGCUGGUAGAGGAGGGCAAACCUGUGAAGAUUGAACGUAGUAAACUUGAGGUCACUCAUGAAGCUAAUUUGCCUUCAGAAAUCAUCUUUACUGUCAAAGUUGCUCCCACAUAUGGAUACCUGCGUGGUGUUGUUGAUGACCAGUACCAGGGAUCUGAGGAGAAACCCAUGAUGAACUUUACACAAGAGGACAUCAAUGCUGGUAACAUCCAGUAUGUACAGAUGGUCCCUGACCAGGUGAAUGACUCUUUCAUUUUGGAAGCCAGCAACGGUGUUGCAGACGUUAGCGAUAUCACUUUGACUGUGGAUAUCAUCCCUCGCUUAAUACCAGUUGAGGUCUCCAAUAUCACUCUGAAAGAAGGAGCAUCCAAGGCACUCACAGAAAAGACCAUCAGGGUCAGCAAUCAGCAUUUCUCAGGGCUCCACUUUGUAUACUAUGUGUCAGAGGGACCCUUGCAUGGCCACAUUGAGAAUUCUCGUUUCCCAGGGAUACCCACCACCUACUUCACCUGGAAACAGGUGGAGCAGGAGCUUAUCUACUAUGUCCAUGAUAACUCUGAGACAUUAGAGGACCGCUUUACUAUCAUAGCCAAUGACACAGACCUGCGAAAACACAGUACACCCAGGACAGUGUAUAUCCAGGUCAUACCCAUCAAUGACGAACCUCCAGUUAUUACAGCCAACAAGGUCCUCAGGGUUUGGGUUGGCUCUGUCACAGAAAUCACACCAGAAGAUAUGAAUGCAGAGGAUGAUGAUACUGCAUCAGAUCAGCUAAACUACAUCACUACUCAGCCAAGUAAUGGUCACCUGGCUUUGAAGAGUGCCCCCACCAAGCCAAUCAUGAAUUUCACUCAGGCACACAUUGACCAGGGCCAGCUGAUAUUUGUACACAGUGGAGCCAUGGCUGGAGGCUUUAAUUUCCAGGUGAAUGAUGGUGUGAACUUUGCUCCACGGCAGAUAUUCAGUGUCACAGCUCGUGCACUGAUUCUACGUCUGGAAAGGAGUGGCCCUCUCAAGGUGUUUCCAGGCUCUUCAUCCCUCAUUACAAAAGAGGUUCUCAAAGCAGUAACCAAUGACGAUAAAGGCAACGCCAACCGCACCAUACGUUUUACUGUCGUAAACCCUCCAAAAUUUGGAAAGCUAGUGAAUGUGCAGGCAGACAAGUCCAUAACAGAGAUUUCAUCCUUCACACAAGAAAUGCUAGAUGAUGGUGAAGUGGCAUAUGAGCAAAAUGUAGACUCUGUGGGAUGGGCAGCAUUAGACAAGUUCACAUUCACUGUGUCAUCACCUCCUGCCAGCCUUGAGGCUCAAACGUUUGAUAUUGACAUCUCUUAUGAACAUGCUGGACCUGAACGAAGCUCUCUCCUUAAAAACACAGGUGCUGUGGUAACAGAAGGAGACAAAGUUGUCAUUGACAGGACGAUGCUGGAUGCAUCAAAUCUCCUUACCAAGGAGGCUGAGCCCCGUCGCAACUCUUAUGAUGUCUGGUACCAGGUGAAGACUUUACCACAACAUGGUAUCAUUGUCGUGGGUGAACGGAAUCUCACAAAGGAGAAGCCCUACUUCUCUCAGUUCAUCCUGAACAAGUAUGGAAUCACCUAUCAGCAUGAUGACUCUGAGACAACAUAUGACCACUUUGUAUUUGAUGCUUUCCUUAACCUGAAGAGCAAGCCUGCACAGCGCCCAUUAGAUGACAGUGAAGUCAUAGAGGAGGCAUUCAAUAUCACUGUCACUCCAGUGAAUGAUCAGCCACCUAUCCUAAAAACUAAGGCCCCAAGCCUCAAGGUGGUCCAAGGGGAAACUAUAGCUCUUGGACCCAGCAACUUGAAUGUGUCAGACUUAGACAACCCUCCAGAUGAAAUCCUGUACUCUGUGAUCAGUAGACCCACCAAUGGCUACCUUGCUCUUGCAGGAAGCUUGAAUACAUCAGUGGAUGCCUUUUCCCAAGCCCAAAUCAACAAUGGCGAAGUAUUGUUUGUCCAGGAUGGCAGCCCUGUGUCUGGGGUGUUCUACUUCAGUGUCACUGAUGGCCAUCACCGACCAGUUUACAAACUUUUUAACUUGGAGGUGAUACAGAUUUCUAUUUCUCUUAUCAAUCAUACAGAGAUUGUGUUGGAACAGGGCAAAACAUCAGUGGAUCUCACUCCUUCACAUCUGGCUGCAGUAACCAAUGGAAAAAACACCACUAUUCACUAUAAAAUAACUGUGCCUCCUAGAUAUGGUAAACUUCUUCUGUUGGACAAUGAAGAGGUUUUUGCUUUUAAUCAGGAGGAUCUGCAAGCACAUAGACUAAGUUAUCACAUGAUCAAUCCUGUGUCCUCUAAUGAUAGUUUUGAGUUCAAUGUCUUCACAUCAGAGACCAACCUGACUGAUCAAGUAGUUAAUAUCACAGUCAAGCCUUUAAUUCGGUAUGCAAAAAGUGUAGGGAUCCCAAACGGACAACGUGUUAAGCUUAAGGCAGGUUAUCUAAAUGCCUCUGAGCUUGCCUUGAUAAGUGGUAGCGAUCCAGUGUUUGAAAUCUUAUCCUCGCCAAUGUAUGGCAAGAUUUUACGCAUAGAGACUAACAAGGUAAAAAAAGCAGAACCUGUCAGGACAUUUUCCUUUAGUGAACUGCAGCAAGGAAAAUUGGCCAUCGAGGUUAAGGCAAACCUUACAGGAGUUCAGGAGGUGAAUGACUCCUUCAGAUUUGUCAUAAAAGCUGACAAUCUUCAACCUGCAAUAGGAGAAUUCACUUUUAGCAUUGUCCCGUUUGAUCCUGCUCUCAUGACAACAACAGGUGUCCCAGCUUUCACAACUAGUCCAGUUUCACCCAGCCAAACAACAGUAAUGAAUUCUGCCCUGCUUUCCACAUCUCCUUUGCUUCAGUCUACGCAGCUGUUGACCAAAGCUGUGACCAAGUUCAAAGGCCGCAACCGCUGGGGUAACUCAAACCGCAGUGACUCACAUGGCACUACUAUCGCUAAACCAGGUCACAGACAGGAGGUCACUCCGAUGAGGAACACUCCGCUGAGGGUUGAGUCAGCACCCCAAGGCAGCUCCUCCAACCCUAUGCUCAUCAUUCUUCCGCUGCUUGCUCUAGUACUUCUCAUAAUUGUGGUGGUGCUAGUGCUUAUCUUGAGGAGAAACCAGCAGAAGAAACAGAAACCUUUGAAAAGUGCCUCUGUUUCUUCAUCUUGUCCUGACAUUGGAUACUAUCAAGGCCGCCCAGAGCGGAGUACAACAGUUCCCUUAGUGACCGUCACCCCUCUCAGCCCAACCAACCAUGGUAGUCCAGCUCAAAUGAGACUUCAUACAAGCAGUGGAAAAUCUGCCUAUGGACAGUCUAUGGCUCUUUGUUCCUUCGAGGACCAGGAGCUUGAACCCUCACAGUUCUGCAGGACCACUAACCCAACCUUACAGCACAAUCAGUACUGGGUGUAAAAUGGCCCUGUUCCCUUUCCAAAGCCCCUUUUUCACUCCAGGGCUGAAUGGUUACUAUGAUGAUGUUUGCUGGUUCACACUUGUAUGGACUUGUGUCAGCAGUUCUGGUUACUUUUUCCAUCUUUUGUGCAACACUCAGGACAAGAAAAGUACCUGAGAAAAGCUACAGUGAUAACAGGACAUGGGGCAGUGCAUCAGCAACAGCAUCCCAUGUAUGUAUGGCAUGAAAGAUAAAGAAUUGUAGGAGCUGACAGUGUGCACUGAAAGGCAAAAUAAAAGACACCAGAUGGGGCAUCACAAAAGUGAUGUAAAUAAAAACUGAUCAGUGAUUGCCUAAGCUAUCCCACCUGAACAGUUCUACUGAACUGAGCAUGGGCAUGAUUUGCAUUCCACAUCAAACCGUAUCCAAGUGGAAAUGCCAAUAGAGUGCGAGAGAGCUCUCCGUACUCAGAACUGUUGAGCCCUACACUGGAAAAGAGGCUCAAAUUAUUAUACUUUUAUAGUAAUACUCUUGUAUUACUACUACUUUUAUAGUAAUACUCUUGUAUUACUACUAUUUUCAGAGCAAGACAUUACACAAAGCAACAUUACUUUAAUGUUGUUAUUGUACUUUAUAUGCUUGUUACUGUAGCUGUGUAAAGUUGUUCUGUUUGGGGCAGGCACUUCCCCAUUUUAAGUGAAAUGCUUAGUUUGGGGAACUGCUCGCUGUUCAGAAUUUAAAAGUUCCCUGUUACUGCAUUUUUUUGGAUAUGAG